CUGGAAGCGGAUUUCCGUGCCCAGGGCUAUCGCCUGAUCGCCGGCGUGGACGAGGCGGGUCGCGGGCCGUUGGCCGGCCCGGUGGCCGCCGCCGCCGUCAUCCUGCCUCCCGCCCUGACCGGCGCGGAACCCUGGCUGGCCGCCAUUGACGACAGCAAGCGGCUGUCGGAGCGGCGGCGUACCGAAGCUGCGAAACUGAUACGCCAGAACGCCCUCGCCUACGCGGUGGAACAGGUUGACCCCGAAGACAUCGAUCGCAUCGGCAUCGGCCAUGCCGUGAUCCAGGCGAUGCUGGCUGCCGUGGACCGGUUGCAUCCGGUGCCGGAAGCGCUGCUCCUGGACUGGGUGCCCAUCAAGGAGUGUCCAUUGCCGCAUCGGGCCGUGGUCAAGGGUGACGCCAGAUCGCUGUCGAUAGCUGCCGCCAGCAUCCUGGCGAAAGUGGCCCGCGACGAGGUCAUGCGUCAGGCAGACUGCUGCUAUCCCGGCUAUGGGUUUGCCAGCCAUAAGGGGCGCGGCUCCUGUCAGAUGCCGACGCCGGAUGACCCCGGCCCGGCCUCGGGGCUCUCGCCGGGGCAGGUUGGCAGAAUCGGCGAAGAGUUGGCGCGCCGGCAUCUGGAGACGAAAGGGUAUCGCGUGGUGGCGGCCAAUUACCGGUGCCGCUGGGGUGAGAUCGACUUGGUCGCCCGGGACGGACCGAUCUGGGCGUUCGUGGAGGUCCGCACCCGGCGCAGCAGCUCCUACGGCGGGCCCGAGGCAUCGCUGACCGAGGCGAAAGCGCGACGGCUGACCCUGACGGCGCAGCACUUCCUGUCCGAAUCGGAACGAAUGGACGUGGAACCGCAGUGGCGCAUCGACCUGGUGGCAAUAAGGCUGGGAGCCGGCCGGCGCGUGCUCAGCAUCGAACACCUGGAGAACGUCGUGUCGGGGUAA